CUCCUUCAGCGGCUCCUCAGAAGAGAAGAUCUUUUUUUUUCCCUUUUGCUUGUCUUUUUCCUUUUCCUUUAUGAUUUGAUGUUAUGUGUUUCGGGAUUCAUUGGUUAUGGGGUGUUUAAAAGCCGUCUUUUGUUGUCUCAAUGAGAAAAAAAAGAAAAGGAUGGAAAUAUCGGUGUUGUUUGUUUCCUGGAAGAACUUUGUAUAUACGCAGGUCGCGAAGUGGUUGGCUGCAUUUCCUACAAUAAACCGAAUGCCAAAUUUCGGCAGCUUUCAGAUUUUUCCAUCUUGCAAUGACUCGUAGUAUCGCGCAUUAGUUUAGGUCUGGGAUGUGAGUACUCCGC